AUGAUUGCUGCUAAUGAUAGCCAUAUUGAAAAUGACGAAGAUAGUGAAGCAUCGGUAACAAUCGAGUCACAAAUAUCAUUCAAUGAUAUUGAAGAUAUUACUAUUGAAUUAAUUUCAUUUGGUGUUCCCCAAAAUAUUGAUUUAUUGUAUUCAGUACGUCAUUUUCCAACAGCUAAUGUUGAAAACUAUCAGCAAUAUGAUGGACGACAUAAACGAAUACAAAAUGAAUGA